AUGGAGGUAUGUCUUGUGAACGCUGAGAACGUUCCAGAUGGAUGCCUCCUCUCCAUCAGUGCUGGCGGUUCGCGGCGCCAGGCGCCGCUGGCUGUCCGCCAAAAAUUUGCCUUCAGCAAUUCUUCCACGGCAGCUGCAGUCGCUGCGGGUGGCAGCGGCCUGAAGGUUGACCUCCUGUCAUUGAGGGGCAGUGCAUGCGUUGGUAGCUCGGAGCUGCUGCCGGCGAUGCAAAAGGCUUUUGGUGCGGGAACAAAUGCCGAAGGCGCUGGGCAUCAAAUUGAGGUCAUUCUUCCACAAGGCCAAGAUGGCGGAGAGGAGGAACUCAGCAUGAAGUUGAAUUUCAACAUCAAGCCUUCAAUGAAGAAGGAGGACAAGGACCUGAUUGACACCUCCCGUGUAGAUUCAGGCAUGUCAACAGCUCGAACCAACGAGCCAGAGGUUCCAAGUGCAAUCCUGCAAACCACGGAUUUGCUGAAGCAAUCCGCACUGCUGGAUCGCACUGCAACGUUGCCCGCAGCGCCAAAGGCACAGAGCGGUCAACGUUCCUCAAGGCGGCAUCAUGCUGCCUUGCAGGCGCGGUCCUACUUGGAAGAACACAACAUCCUGCCUUUUGUGGAGAGGGUGCUGAAGACCUUAGUGCAGGAUCGACCUGCUGAUCCUUGGGGUGCGAUUGCUGCUCUUCUACCAGAGGCAGCCUUUCCGGACUCUUUGAAGAAAGGUCCAUUGGAAAGGCUGGAUGAGGAGCCAGAAGAGACUCCGAUGCCUGAGUGGAAUAUGCUGCCAUCUGUGGGAACCUGGUACAUGAUUCCCAAACCUGUGGUGGCUCCCAAGAUGCCACCACCUCUGCCCAGAGAAGAACAGGUGGAUGAUGCAGAGGCACUGAAGCAGGCAGAGGCUGAAAAAGCAGUUGCCAAUCAGCUUGUGGAGGGACUUGUUACCGCCGGCACAGUUCCACGAGCCACUCAAUCAGGAGGAACGUCACCCAUGUCGAGUCAUGCACCCAUAGAGGCGAUGCUCAGCCCUCAAGCCAGAGCAGAUGUCCAGGAGGACCAACGCAUGCAGCAGGCGAUGUUUCCGUCCUUGUCCAACAAGAAGGUGCUCGCUGCAAUUGCUGAAGUAUCCUUUGAUGACAUCGACUUGAACAAAGAUGGUGUAAUUACCCCGGAGGAGUUUGCCAUUUUCGUUGCGAAGGUUCGAGCCAGCAUGAGUGAUGAGGGGGCGCAGAGUUCAUCUCAGGCAGCUCCAUCAACAGAUGCAGUUCCCUCCGCAGUGGCAGCACUAGCAUCAGUCUACUGGAACUUCCUGCCCUCCGUUGGAACUUGGUUCAACCCAAAGCCACGGCUCACUGCAGAGGUCCGGCAGGCCAUUGCAUCAACAUUCACAGAUGUGGAUGCUAACAAAGAUGGUGUGAUCACCAAGGAGGAAUUCCAAGACUUUGUGGAGAAGACAACUGAGGCAGUCGCAAUGCCAAAGGCAGACUGGCGCUUGCUGCCCUCUGUUGGAACUUGGUGCAUGACAAAGCCAGGGGCGGAGGCAGAGCCCUCGAAAAAGCAGGCGCCUGCCUCUGUGAAAGAGAAGGUCGAGGCUGCCAUUGCUGCUGCUUCAUUCGAAGACAUCGACACCAACAAAGAUGGUGUGAUCACCCGAGAGGAGUUCUCAGACUUUGUGCAGCAGGCCACUGCAGCAGCUGAGGAACUGACAGAGGAAAACAAGGUGAGGAAUGAGCGGGCUGUUGUGGGCCGAUUGGUCGAACACUUUGUUGCGGCCGGAAUGCCCAGGGGCACGCUGUCAGGAGGCACUUCACCCAUGGCCAGUGCGCCUGGCACGGAGGUGGGCGUGAAACCAGUCAGCCCUCGCGAGUUGUAUAAAAGGCGAAUUGAAUGGGAAGCAAAGAUGGAGCAGGUACGCUUGAAGCAUUGGUUCGACCACCGUUUGAUUUCCAGCCUUCAGGAGGCAGCGAAAGAGGACAGUGUCGCUACUCUGUGCGAAAGCCGCAGCAGUUCCCGACAAGAAACACCUUCCCACGCCGACAUGCGGCAGUGGAUCCAGAAGCAGCUUCAAAGCAAUGCAGAGGCUGGCAGAGAGGGCAGCGUCACAGUGGUCAGCAACGCAGACUCGAGGACUGAGACGCCACCAGCCAUGAUUGACAGCUGGCUGAAAGAGCAGCUUGAUUUGCUUGAAGCGGGCUUGGAGCAGGCUGUGAAAGAAGACAGUGUGGCCACCCUCAGCAUGGCUGGCUCCAGAACCGACACACCUCCAGGUGCCAAGAUCGAUGGCUGGCUCAAAGCCCAACUGGAAACCAACUUGGAUUCGGUUUUGAGGGAGGGAAGCGUGGCGACAUUGGAUAUGGAAAGUGUUGCAUCUGUACCGUUGGUGCAGCUUCCCUAUGUGGACAUGCGUCCAAAGGGCCCUGCAUCCUCAGUCGUUACCAGCUCUGUUGCUGAGGGACCCUCCGUCACGGUGCUAGAUUUCACGUUUGAAGACAUGGACUACGACGCUGUGAUUUCAUCCUCACAGCUUUGCGGUUCUGUUGUCGAAGCAAUCCAACGAGGUGUUGCAGAGCAGGCUGGCAUUCAAGCAGAUCAAGUACGUGUCACUUUGGCACCAGGGAGCGUUUUAGUGCGCGUGUCGAUUGCAUGUGCUGAUGUGGGUUCUGCUGCGGUGGUUGCUCAUCGUGCGCUUCAAAAGGAUGGAGCACUUUUGUUGAAGGCUGUCAGCGAGCACGUUGCCAAGGUGCCUGGUAUAUCCCUUGCACAUAAGGGCGGUGAUCUCAACGCCAAGGGCCUUCGCCUGAAGGUCGCCCCUACAGGUCGGCCAAUGAGUGCAAAGUUCAGAGAGGAGGUAUUGCGCGAUGUAGCCUCGGAGGCUGCCAAAAAAGCUUUGCAGAUGCCUGGUGAGGAGCAUGCGGCAGAUGUUGGAUUUGGAGCUGUCGACAAGAACAAGGACGGCCUGAUCAGCAGAGAAGAGCUGGCUCAGUUUCAAAAGAAGUCUGCACCAUCGGACACUAUGACAUCCAUGACGGAUGUUAUGGUGGAAGCAAUCACGGCGACUUUGCUGGGUAAGAUCUUCGAGAAGGACGUCCACACACCGUCAGAUUGCUCUGGUGGCAAUGCCAGUGAGGCUGCCAUCACCAAGACAGUGGAGGAGUUGGUGUCACACGUGGCAAAGGAGAGCUACGCCAAAGAGGAGGAGAGAACGCCGUCCGCACAUGAAUCUGGGGGCGGCGACGAGCAAAAUACCUUGGCUGUGAAGGAAAUUGUCCAAGACAUGGUUGUGCGAGAGCCAGACAGGCUUGAAGCCUCAAUCAUUGGCACAGCUGCCUCUGAACGCGGGCCAACAGUACAACCUGAGGAUGUUGCCUCCGCAACUGAUGCCAUGACCACAGUUGCUGAGUCUUGCCCACUGGCAAAAGACAGCGCUGAAGUCGUGGCGCAGAGACUGCAGCAGGAGGAGGAGGCCAGGCAAGCAGAAGAACGCAGAAAAGAGGAAGAAGCCAGAUUGGAGGAAGAACGAAUAAAAGAGGUUCAUGCCGCAGUUGCUGCAGCUUCCUUCGAAGACCUUGACACCAACAAUGAUGGUGUGAUUUCACGUGAGGAAUUCCACGACUUCGUGCAGAAGGAGAGCAAGCGACAGAAGGUUGAGGACGAGCCCAAUGAGACCUUGGUCGACCAGGCUGAAACACAACCUUCGGCAAAAGGGGAGGAGACGCAAGCUCCUGAAAAGCAGGAAGAGGCCGCUCCCCUCUCACCAUCAUUCGAGGAUGAGGAUCCCGAGACAAUCCAAGAGCGCGUGCAGGAGGUCCUGGAGGAGAACAGCAGGCUGCGCUCCGAAAACGAAGCCUUGAGGGUGGAACUGGAGCAUUUGCUCGCACUCACCGUGACUCCGGAGAUCACGCCACCGCAGACGGGCGGGAGAUGA